AUGGAUAAGGGUGAUGUAGAGAUGCUGGAUGCGGAAAAGAAUGUCCCUGCUAGUGAUGUCCUUGUGUCCAAUGAGUCGCCGGUUAAGUACGAAAAUGGUGUUAAGACUGGCAAAAGCAAUGCUGAGGACAAGAAAGAUGAUCAUAGUGAUUCAAAGGGAGAGGAAUUGAAGAAUGCUAGAAGUGAGGUGAUUGAUGAUGAAUUACAGAAUAUUGAGAAAAUGAUCUAUGAGGUCAAUCAGAAUGGUAAUGAUUUGAUGGUGGAUCGACAAGAGGACUCUCAAAUGAAAACAAUUCCUACAAAUGUUAUCACUGAUUCUUUUAUUGGAAAAAUGCCAGAACCAGCUAGUCCAAUGUUUCCUUCAACUGCAAAUGCUAGACAUUAUAGUGGGGAAGCAUCUGAGAAUAUUUGUGCAAUGAUGGCUGAUGGUAAGGAUGAUGAAGGCUCUCCUGAGGAUCAAGCUGCAUUUAUAGGAAAACUAGGCACCUUUUACCGGGAGAAGGCAAUGGAACUUAAACUACCUAAGUUUUAUGGUCAUUCUCUUAAUUGCCUAAAGUUAUGGAGAUCUGUGAUCAAAUUAGGUGGCUAUGAUCGAGUAACUAGAUUGAAGUUGUGGCGGCAAAUGGGAGACUCCUUUAAUCCCCCCAAGACUUGCACUACUGUUUCUUGGACAUUCUGCGGCUUCUAUGAGAAGUUACUUCUACCAUAUGAAAGGCAUAGGACACAAAAUGGAGAGCUUCAACUUCCUAUUGCUGCUCCUCCUGUUUCUUGGGGUGUUGACAAUGAGGGAAGUGAUUACCAAAGUUCUGCAUCAGGAAGGGUAGUAAGAGAUUCAGCUGCUCGUUGUAGGCUAGGCUGGCAGGAGCAACACCUUCUUGGUUAUGGUGAGGUUGCUGAGCCAAUUGUAAAGGACAGGAAUGCCAACAAUAUGCCAAAGCGUGCGAAGAGCCUAAAAAAUAGUGGUAAGAUUGUUCGUCAAUUCUUUGCCAAUUCAUAUAUCUCUAUCAUUGAGCUGUUAUCGCCUCACCAUUUCCCAAUAUGA